AUGCAGGGGUCUUCCGCGCCGGCCGAGAUAGGCGACUGUUUAUUCGCGAUAUCUGCCGAUAGCAUUGGACGCAUAGAGGAUUCUCUGCGUACGCCAGGAGCACUGUCUUCACGAAAGUCGUCUGGAUCUGGAUACUGUGAAAGGGGUUUUUCGGCAUGCUUUAGCGACAGACAGACGGUGGGCUGUUACUCAUGGAUUGCUCGCGACGAUGAACACACGCUUGCGGCGCCGGGCCUCCCGCCUGUUGUGUCUAGGGCAAUAAGCGUGUCACGUGGCCAGUCGUUGAGGGGCCGGGUGAUUAAAAAGAGCAGCAGACUGGAGUUCUGUGACGAGAACGCGUACCACGAUCCCGACCAUCCUGUCGAGCAGCUCAUGUGCUCUGUCGAUUCGUGUCAGAGACGGUGGGUAUCGAAAGCGGAAGCUUUGGAGCCGCCAUGCCCGUGCGUCCAUGUCCUGCGAGAGAAGGCAAAUAGGCCAAGGCUUUCCCUGCAUCAAGAGUGGAAGCGCGACGAGGCGUUUUCUGGAGAAGGACAGACGCAGGCGACAGCUUGUGCAAUAACCCACGAGGAAACGGGUGUGAAGGGAGGUGGUUUGUGCUUGGGUCAGUUUGAUUUUAUCACUGACAGGACGAAUUUACGGGCAAUGCUGCGUUUCCUGUAUCCAGGCCUCACGCGCUACUCUCGACAGGCUUCCAUCGAUCUCGAUGUGUAUGGGAACGUAUGUGUGAUGACGCGGAUUUCUGCCGAAACCCGUGCUCCGGAUGUCGGCUACGGGCACAGUUUUGAACACUGCUGCUGCGAGACCCAGACGAUUUCACUGGGUGAGAAGGACGCUGUUAAAGACGACACGUACGAGUUCGUGGACCUUUCGUCUUUCCACUUGAUCCAGGCCUUCACACUGUGUGACGCGGUUCGUGUCCUUGUUCGCAGCGAAGUUGACGCCUGCAGCCACCCUGUGGCUCUGAGCGUGCCUGAAUGUGCAGAAACGUUUCAAGAAAAUCGGUUUUUCGGACGGUGCGGUGCGGGCGUUCCCAAUCCCGAGUACAUUCCACUGGCUCAGCAAGGGCCCACUCUGUAUUUGUCUCGGCAAGAACCGGCGAACCUCACGCCGUUUGAAAGGGCGCUACUUGCUCGGGACGAAAGGCUGCUCAUGGAACUGAAGAGUGUGUCUGAGCGAUACGUAAGCGCUAUACCGUGGCUAGACAUUUAUAUCCAGAUGCGGCUCGGGGAUGUCCACAGGCUUCUUGUGGGGUGUCACACGCAGGGAAAAAUUGGGAGAAUGGAGCUUCUAACACUCUCCUCUGUAGCGGAAAGGGUUUUCCGGCAGCAGCUGCACACACCGACCGUGGCAAGACCUGAUCCCGUGAAUGACAACCGCCGGUCUCCAUGGACAAGCCAUGAGUCGAGAAAUACUAACAGUUCACGUGCAGAACCGGAGUGCGCUGCUGAGGUUGUCUACUGGUCGAGGCUGACGUCGCUGUUGUUGCAAUUGAAAGAGUUCGCCCUCCAGCACAGGGACGACGACGGAAAGGCAUUUCUUAGAAUUGAACUGACUGACGAGACUACGUUUCGCGUCUACCGCCGAGCACAUUCCCAACCUCGCGUAUCCGUUGAGAUUGGCUCGGCCAUAUUGAAGUGCUCGUUAUCACCGACGAGGUACGGUAGCCAGUCCAUUGGUUGCCCCUCUUUGCAGUGA